AUGACACUUGAAAUUCCAAAAAUCAGCUUGCACGAUUUUGAGGCCAGGCGCGAACAAAUCAAAAAAGAAUUGUAUGAAGCGGCCACCGGCGUCGGCUUUUUCGUGCUCUGUGACCAGGCAUCGCCUUCAAAACCGGAAAUCGAAGAAGCGUUUGCCAUGUCCAAGUCGUAUUUUGCGCAACCAUCCGAAAUCAAGCAAAAGCUCCCCUUCCAGAAAUUGAAGAAUUCCGGUUACGAGUUCAAAGCCCAGAUCAGGCCAUCCACAGGCACAAAGGACUUGAAAGAGACGUUGCAGCUUCAGUUGCAUAGAAAAGAUAUCUACUGGCCGUCGUCAGAAGAUGUGGGCGAAGCCUGGAGAACCGGUGUCGAAGAUUUUAUUGGCAAGUGCCAAAAGUUGAGCAUGGACGUCUUGAGCUGUUUGGCCGAGGCUUUGGGCUUUGAGAGCGACUUCUUUGCCAAAGCACACCAGAUUUCCGCCAAAAACGCACAGUCAACAUUGCGUUUAUUGCACUACCCCGAUGUGACGGGCCAAGAGUUUGGGCCCAACGAGUGGAGAGCAGGUGCACACACCGAUUUUGACUGUCUCACGUUACUUUUCCAAAGAACAGGCGAUCACGGCUUGGAAGUUUCUCCUGGACGCGAGGCCCACACGGAUUUUGCUAUAGGAGACACGUGGUAUCCCGUUGAGGCCAAAACGGGAGAAAUCGUUGUGAACAUCGGCGACAUGUUGAUGUCUUGGUCGGACGACCGGUUCAAGUCCAAUUUCCAUCGCGUGAGAACGCCCCAGAAAGGCGAGAAUCAAACGUCGCGGUACACAAUAGCAUGGUUCAACCAGGCCAACGAAGAUGUGGUGAUCCAAGGUCCGGAGAAGAAGUAUCCUGCCACCACGGGAAAGGAAUAUAUUGUCGAAGCCAUGAGAAAGAACUUUGCUCGCCUCCAGGAAACACUGGCCGUGUCUAUUUAG